AUGAGAAUAACGUUAGAAGAUGGAUAUGAUGUGUACUUUGACGAUGAUGAUCUGAGACAAAUGUAUGAAGAACUGAAGUUGGAUCAAAACAAGGAUGACUACAUUACAGUAAAUGAGAUGCGUACCGUGACCCCAGCAGCCUUUUCAGAGUUUGUGGAUAAGUGGACAGAUGCACGACCCCACCUGAAGUCCAGACUAAGUGAACAGGCAUGGAUAUUCCCUGAUACUGUUAAUGAUGAAGUGGUGGAUAAUUUAAAAGAAAGAAUGUUAACUGUGUUGCAGUUGCCUAGGCCAUUAAUUGACAAGUAUGAUGCAAUACAAGUUGUGAAGUAUGGCAUUGGGGGUCAUUAUAAUGCACAUAUUGACUCUGGUGUGGAUACUGGAGAAGAUAAUUCACUUACAUGUUGUCAUCUGAAGUUAGCAAGAAAUUGCAGAAUAUGCAGAUAUGUUACAUUUAUGGUUUACCUCAAUGAUGUAGAAAAAGGAGGAGAAACUGCCUUUCCUGUUGCAAAUAAUAGCACAUAUGAUGUAGAGGCUCUAAGACAUGGAAAGAAAUUAAAUCUGAAUAAAUACUGUAAUAAGUCCAACUUGAUGAUAAAACCAAAGAAGGGUAAAGCAGUGAUUUGGUAUAAUCAUUUUAUAAAUGAGCAAACAGGAUGGUUUGGGCAUACUGAUCAGUUGACAUGGCAUGGAGGAUGUCCUGUUGUAAAAGGCACUAAAUGGAUAUUGAAUAGAUGGAUAAAUGCAACACCAGACAGAAAGUUAGAUUUGAAACCAGAAUAUUAAAUGCACAAUGCAUAAAUACAGAUAAAAUAUUUAUGAAUUUAUUAUUUCUGAGUAAAUAUAAUAAACUGUGCAUAGCUAAUUAUCAAAGGCAAAUUGGGAACAAAUGCAGUUUUUCAAUCUAAAAUGCAGAAAAUAAAGAGAAUUUGACAGCA